AUUAAUUUUAUAUUAUUUGUAUUGGGCAAAUAAAUUGCACACGCUAACGCACACGGUCUUCGAUCGAUAUCUCGAAUGAAUCAUAAAAUGAAACGUGUUAUAAUCAGUUGAGAAAACGAUGGCUGAUGAUGAGAAUCAGAUGGAUCUGGAGGAGCAAGUCACCAGGUUGAAGGAAGAGCUAGCCACACAACAUGAAUUGAUAGAAACGUUUAAGACCGACCACGCUGCUGACCUUGCUACUUUGAAACAAAAAUUUGAAUCUGAUACAGCCAUUGUCGCAGAAACCAUGCACGAACUGUGCAGUGAGCUGAAACUACUGAAGAAGGAUUCUGACAACGUCCUAUUGGUUCGAGACAGAUGCGACGAGUACAUCAUUCGACUGGAGGAACAACAUCUGCAAUUGGUAGAUUCAGAGGAGGAAACAAAAUUAAGAAGUCCUGGUAGUAGAGAGGAGACGGAUCUGCAGGAACAAAUCACCAAGUUGAAAGCACGGCUAGCCACAAAACGUGAACGGAUUGCCACACUGACGAGUUUAUUAAAAGCCAACAAGACAACUGCUAAAACUUCUCUUUCUACUUUGAAACAGAAAUACGAAUCUGAGAAAGUCAUCGUCACAGAAACCAUGCACAGGCUGAGGAGUGAGUUGAAGUUGUUGAAGGAGGAAGCUGUCAACUUCCAAUCAGUGCGAGGGAUGUUUGCCCAGAGAUGCGAUGAGUACGUCACUCAACUGGAAGAACAGCGUCGACAGUUGAUAGCUGCCGAGGAGGAGAAAAAAAUUUUGAGUGGACUUUUGGAGCAGGCCAUCCAACGGAAACUGGUUCUCGAACAGAAACUCGAAGACCUGCAGUUUGACUGCAGAAAAAAAACAAAACCGUUUAUGAUAUGCAUAUUGUUAUUUGUUAUUUAUAUUAUUUACAAUUAUUACGUCUGAAUGUUUUUUAUGUUAUAUUUUCAACGACAGCGACAAAUAUUAUAUAGAUCUUUUGACAUUUAUGUUAUUAAGUUUUAUGUAAUCAACAAACUACUGGUUGAAAGUUUUUGAGAAGCGCCUCUUCUGUAGGUAUUGAGAAGGGCUUAGUCUUUUCUUGAAAAUUAAAAUGUGUCUAACAUUUUUUACAGUUAAAAC